CUAGAAACCACCGGCACUGGCACCCGCAACCCUAAACACGACACGCGCAGCGCCAGUGCCAGUGUCUUGUCUUCCGUUUUCUCGUAGGUAGGUAACCACCACUGGCACCAUCCGUGACAGUACCGUGAGAAGGAUCAGGGCGCCCGUCACAUCUCCAAGACUCUUUUCUGUCUUUCUCAUACCACGACUUCACAAUCAUUUGUCUCAUGCACAGUCUGCUGGACAGCCUGGAGCGUACAAGCCUCUCUUUCAGACCCUGACAAACACCCACCGCCAGCGUUCUCUUUGUCUUCUGGGUUCGGUCGCGCCUGCGCAUUGGCCUCUGCAGCCAUCCUCUCCUUGUCUCGUUGCGAACUUCUGACAUAGCGACAUAUCGUGUUUCAACCUGCUUGACUGCAUAAUAGAUCGGCUUCAUACAUCCCGCGGUCUACCGAGUGCGCGAAAGAUCCAUUUACCCUCCUUACACAGUCAGGGUUGAAUGCAACCAAACCACAAUCCACAAUGCAAGCAGCCAUGGCGCCUCCCAGCAGGGGCUCUGACCUGAUGUCCCCCGUAUCUACAAAUGGCAGUGAAUGGUCUGGUGUCAACGCCUAUAACCAGAUCCCACGAAACGAUGGACCCUAUGUUCCAUAUACUCCCACAGGAGAGGACUAUCCUCAACCCAGGGGAAUGCCUUUACGUCCGGCGCCUCCGGCAAACAUGAACAUUGCGCCUGGCCCGUUGGAUCCCAUGGGUCAACCGCGUCUGUCCGACGGCGCUUCUCGAGGCUCUUCCCGCACCGGAUCGAUCGCGAACUCAAGAUCUAGCGACGGGACUAUUUCGGACGAGCAGAGCAGGAAAUACAAGAGGAUGGAGGCAGAGCUGUUCCAACACUACACUGUUCUAAAGGGGUAUCUGAAAGGAGGUGCUCAGGCGCCUCCACGCCCUAACAAGGCGCGGGACAAGCUGCUUCGUCUGUCGCCGGUCCAGUUCCACGAGUUGAGUACCGAUGUCUUCGACGAGCUGCAAAGGAGACAAGCAUCAGCGCCUUUGCCGGGACGACCGCCACGACAGCAGAAUGUCCCCCGCUUUCUACAGCCGCGCCCGGAUUUCCACGAAAAGCGCAAUCAAGCCCGGCAAAAGCUGUCCACUCUUCAAGCUCCCAGGUUCAGAGACCUGUCCACCGAUGUGUUUUGUGAAUUGGAGAGACGAUUCCCUCAGUUCGCCAGGCCCGAAGGCGCCAGAAGGGAAAGUUCUCGGUCACAGUCACGCGGUCCAGUCGCCAGCGUUUCUUCACGGGAUGGACUCAAUGGCUUCGCAGGCCCACAAAGGGCUCAGACCUUUGGAAGUUCUGGUCCGCAGGGCUACCAGCAGAGGCAAGAAUCCGUCACGAACGUUCCUCAGUUUGACAACCCGCCACCGUCAACCGAUUAUGGCCGGCCGAUGGCCCGGCAGUUUCAGAGCAACACCAUCACUCCUAACAAGAGCGUCAUGGUCGAAGACGAAGAUGAUGCACAGGCUACGGACUCUCGAUAUGAUCGUUCUAGUGACGCCUUUGGGUUGGAAAGCUCUCUUACCAGCCCAAGGAGUGAUCGUGAUACCUCGGCCACUUCGCAAAGCGGAGGCAGUCUGGCGCCCAAUCCGAAAACUAUCGGGCCGGCGGUCAACGAGCUACAAGAUAAGCUGGCCGAGUUGGAGGCAACACUGGAGUCGAAAGAUGAACAACUCCAGCAGCUAGUGACACAGAGCGACGAAUGGGGCCUUACCAAAAGGAGCUUAGAGGAGAAGCUGGAACAGGCCGAAAAUCUUAACAGGUCGUUGAAAGAAGAACUCGAAAAGCUCAAGGCCGAUGGAUCUCGGAAUAGUGGAGAAGAUGUCUUGUGGAAGACGAAAUAUCUCCAACUGGAUCAGGAGCACAAGGCGUUGAAAGAGCAGCUAGCUCAACAACGAGAACUGACUGAAGAAGUGGGCCGGCAAGGGCAACAGUAUCUCGAAGAAAUGAGAGCAAUGGCAGAAUCGGGUGGAGCCGACUUUGAACGGGAGGAGAGGUUGCAGAUUGAAGUCAACAGGCUUCAGGAAGAGGUGAAAGAAUGGAAAUCGAGAUACGUCAAGGCCAAAACACAACUUCGCCAGGCUCGAUCAAGUUCCUUGGGGCUCGGCGUUCCUGGAACUGAUGCUAGUCUGCUUGCAAGCGGGCUCCAUGACCGCGAUGGACUGGUAAAGGAUGUCCAUGUCACUAGGUUUCAACUUUCCAUCGAUGAAUUGCUCCGAAUUGCCCGAUCAGACGCUCCUCAAGUCGUUUUGGAUCAUAUGAAGACGGUUGUCUUGGCUGUGCGUGGAAUUACGUCCGAUAUCGAUGCAGAAGCUCCAACGGAUAAGGACGAUGAGCUGAAACAGAGACGUGUGAAGCUCAAGAGCAAGGUAUCCGCCACAGCCAAUAAUCUGAUUACAGCCUCAAAGAACUUUGCCUCGGCCAACGGACUCUAUCCUGUCAGUCUAGUUGAUGCCGCUGCCUCGCAUCUCACGGCGGCUGUGGUGGAUCUUCUUCAUAUCGUCAAGAUUCGGCCCACUCCUGAUGGCGAGCUCGAGGAUGCGGAUGACGAUGCCUUGGAACCCUUGCAAAGCAAUGGAUAUUUCGACGUCGGCAAAUCUCUGAGGCGGCGUAGUGCUGUUGAAAGUGUUUAUAGUGCCCUGAGCACGCCGUCCGACAUCAAGAAGGAGACAAACCACGUGGGUCUAAACUCUCACCAUCGAGGAGGCUCUACGUAUGUCAAUGGAACUGGACUUGGCAUCAAGGCUGGGUACGCGACGACUCCCGAGGCAGCAGAGCUCGAGGAUCUCAAGAUGUACCUGGAAGAUCAAACUGAUGGUUUGGUCGAGUCCAUUACCUCGAUGGUGGAUGCGGUGCGCAACGAGGAGACGUUGUCGAUUAUUCGCACCCACAUCAGCGCUAUUGCAACCACCAUUGAAAACAUUCUCAGCUCGGUGGAUCGGACGGCAAAUGAACCAUCGUCGUACAAAGCGACGUUGACCGAACGGUCACAUGUGAGUGCGACCAUGUUGCAAGGAUGCCGAGACCAGCUGCUUGAGGCGAGCUCGGAAUUCGCCAGCUAUGGCAACGCCGCCGAGGGGAAAGAGAUCACCCAAAGACUACCGCCUUUGGCAUUCCAAAUUGCUCGGGAGACCAAGGAACUGGUGUCGAGGAUCAUGGCCAUUGAAGUCGGGCAUGGCGAUGACGAUUUCAGUUGAAGCCGGCUACCCUUUCAGAUAGCCCUAGCGGCGGACCCUCGUAGGACCGUUAUACUUGUAAAUCAUUAUCCCGAAAGCAGGUACCUAGGUAGUACUUGGUCAUGAAAGAAUCGCAGAUAUUGUAAUAAGAUGAGUGUCUCGAAGAAGGCAAAACGAUGUCCUGUGAAGUGUUCGAUUGGCCCUGAGGAUGAACCCC